UCUAAAGUGUAGUAUAGUUAUUAAUCGAUGAUAAUAUUAAUGAUAAAAUGGUAAUGGUGAAAAUAACAACGACAACAAUAAUAAUGACAAUAAGAAUAAGAAAACAAAGAAAAACAAUAAUCAAUAAUUAAUUCACAUCAAUUUCUCUUAUGACGACAAGUUUUCGAUAAGUUUAUAGAAAUGUCAUAACCCCAUUCCCCUGCUAUUUUGAAACAGGAACUUGACCCAAUUUUGAGUUCUUGUAGCCCCCUUAUUAAAAUUGUUAUAAAAGCGAUAAAAUACCAUAGUUAUUCACAUCGUCAAUAAGUCAAUCAAAGUGCAAUAAUAGAUUAUUUGAUAUCUGGCUGGGAGGUAACCAUUUAUAUUUCUCAGCCAUUUAGGUUACUCGAUAUCUCUCUCGCAAGAAAUUAACUCGCUCGAUUUUUUAGGUGAUUUUUAUUAUCGAACUGUCGUAGCAUUCUUAGGAAUCAACCAUUAGUAUCUGACAGUUCGGUAAUAAACAAUUGGAUGAGGUUUUAGUGUACCCGGAAUAAUCAGUGUCAAGACAAGUGGAAUCAGGCGAGGGCGAAGGCCUUCAGUAAAACACACUUUCCCGAAAACAAAAUUUAUUGCCGAUUUGCAAAGGCCGCCAAUUCUAACAAUAGUAUCUUCGCGCCCAAGGCCCAAGAUGCAUUGCGCGCGUAGAAUCACUAAUCUGCUAGCUGAUUAUUAUCAGCUAGUUGAUUAGUGAAGACCCUCAGAUUGCGUGAUUCUCAAAACAGAGCGCGCGCUCUUAGCCAAUCAGAAUCAACAGAGUGGGUACAAUGUAUAAUAAUAAUCAUCAUAAUCAGCAUCCCAAAAGAUUGCGAAUGAAAAAUAUUGCGUGACAGAUCCUACUUGCGUGAUAUAAGUGUACAUGACAGCUACGGCACAGGACUGACUCCUAUGCUACAUUUAUGUGACACAUUUAAUUUGCGUGACAAAACAAUCACGUGACGCACACUCGUGAAAUCCUGAGAAUGUUUGUUCACAGCACUAGGCGACCGAUCCCACAGUCAACGCAUCAAAAAGAUCUAGAUCCCUCUCUCGCACUGCGUUUUUACCGCGUUUUCCACGGUCUUUCAGAUUCGGGCAGGGUUUCCGGGCUGGUUUGGCUCGGAGGUCUUUGCCCUUCGGGCUUGACGCGAUAACAAGACCUGUAGUCUUUGCUUGCCUACAGCAAUCAGGAGCGUAUCUAAUUUAACCGCGACAACAGAUACACUCAAGUUAUCUACAAAGAAGCUAUAACGUCAGUAAUGUCUCGACAAGGGAAUAAGUAAGUUUCUUUCUACUCGAGCUAUGAUAUUUAGAUAAUGCGUAUCCAGUUAGGAUAUGGGAUAAAACACCCUUUUUUUAUGACCCUUUUUUCAUAAGAACGUCCAGGCUGAGAUCUCACCAAAUUUUGAGAACACGCUGUCGUGAAGAUAUAUGUAAAUUCUUUGGGAAUGACGCAACAGUGUAAUUAGCGCGCUUCAGUUGGAAAAAAAGUUGUAAAAGACCAACACCCAUCCAACAUUGGUGCCGAACCCCUGGCAAAAUUUCGAACGCAGAACGAAAACAGUACACUUCAUUGCAUUAAGAACAUGCCGAGGCUCAGAUAUCAGAAAAAUAUAUUUUUUUUUCUUUGUCCAGAUGCGUUCUAAAAUUCAGAAUCAAAUUGUGCUCAUAAUAACAACCAUAUAUAUUGUUGCUAUUGAUCAUUUGUAAAAUUAUCUUCCUAAUACUUCAUUGGGUAUUAUAUCUUUAUAUAAGUACACUAAAAUUUAAGAACACCGUUAAGAACAUCUUCAGCCUUUAAAUGCUCCAAAAAUAAGAACGGCCCAGCCUCAACUGAAAAUUAGACGUUCUCAUAAAAAAAAAAAUAAAAAGAGUGUACUCUUUUUUACACAAUUUACCUUUGGUUUCGAUAGGUCUUCCAUUUAUUUUCAUAAAUAAAUAUGUGUUUUAAUUUGGGUUAGAAAAUUUAUUGUUGAUGUGUCGAAUAUUUCACAUCGAUUAUUUCUAAUUUGAGGAAUGAUUUGGACACACGAAUCAAUAGCGAAAAAGUAGAGAGUGCCUAAAAAAGUGCUAGGAACACAUAGUUCAAAUAGUUCAUUUACUAUUUAUUCUACCAACACAAAAAAAUAGAUAAAUAAGUUUAAAAAUUUCAAAAUAAAUAAAAAAGUAAAUAAUGGAUGAAUGAAUGAGUGAGUGAGUGAGUGAAUGAAUGAAUAAAUAAAACAAAGAAUUAUAACAAUCCAAGUAUUGAUAAAGGGAUGGAAUUUUACGUUACAUUAAAAAUAUCGCAAAUUGAACAUCAUCUCUGUACACAACUAAGCGAUAAUAAUAUAUGUAUAACGAAAAAUAAUGAUAAAGGAGGUAUAAAGAUAAAAUAAAGCAAAAGCAACGCCAGGCUAUUCAAAGAAACCUACAUUAAUAACUGAAAUUGUAAUGAACAGAAUGGCAUCUAUCAUCGCAGAGGCCAGUGGCAUUUCCACCUUACGGCCGUAAAGGGAAGUCCGGCCCGAAAACGAUCCCACUGCCGCGGGACACAGCUCACCCCGACUUCAUGUGAAUGAUAGACGCUGUUAACGCCGCCUACAUUAAUUAAUCCAAACUCGCCGUGGCUACAACAAUGCUGUGCUCAGCUAGGCCGAGUUGCAAGGCCAUAACGCAAGCAUCUCCGCUUCGCACACCGGCGACAGAGACAGUGCUAUCUACUUUAAGCUUCAGCUCAUCUCAGGGACGCAUUUCAGCGCUAUUUGGACAUGCGAAAUGCGAAACCGCCAACCAACAUGGUUAAGUCCCGGCUUGUCGGAGACCCUCCUACGUUUUACUGUCGUCCUGCUUCUCUGUUCUGCUACCUGUCAAGAUUCCAUGCAGGGCGGAAACAAGUCAAGAGCGCCCGCUCCAACAGAAAGUGUUGACUCCGUGGCAAUACCUCCUAGUAUCAUCUGCACGAGGAUUCAGCCACUAUCUGCUAAACAGAUGCGCUUCUGCGAGGACAAGCCCGGAACGAUGGUCUCCAUUUCUCAGGGCUACGACCUGGGUGUCGAAGAGUGUAAAUACCAGUUCAGGAAUAAGAGAUGGAAUUGUUCACUUCUUGGAGAGGAAAGACCAUUUGGUCAAAGAGCAGUGCCGGGAACCAAGGAGGCCGCUUUCACUCAUGCAAUCAUCUCAGCGGGCAUAGUUCAAGCGGUAACUUUGGCGUGCACUCAAAAUCCGACCGGUUGCGGCUGCGAUAGAAACAAGGAUGGGAUAAGCAGAGAGGGGUGGAAAUGGGGAGGCUGCAGCGUCAAUAUCGGCCACGGCUUGGCGGUGGCCAAGGAGUUCUUAAAUGCGAACGACGCGGUCAGGAGCGAUAUAGCCCUGAUGAAUCGCCACAACAACGAAGUCGGCAGAGAGGUAAUAAGGAAUAACUUGGACUUAUCGUGCAAAUGCCAUGGCCCCUCUGGAUCCUGUAAUACCAAGACAUGCUGGAAGUCAGUGCCAAGUUUUCGAAUGGUAGGCGAGAAGCUUCGAGCUCUGUACGAGUCACGCCAGGCCACAGUGAAGGUGGUGGCAGCGAUGAAGAAGUCGAAGGGUGGACAAGUGCCCGCGUACAUCGUCGUUAAAGGAACCAACAAGGUAGUCAAACCGAACAGCAGCGCCAAUCUGGUCUACCUGGACAAUUCCCCAAGCUAUUGCAACAAGAUAAAAAGUCUUAAAGUGCCUGGAACUGUUGGAAGAGUGUGCAGUAGGACUCCGGAAUCGGCGGAAGAUGUCAGCUGCGAAGUGAUGUGUUGUGGACGUGGGUACAGCGUACGAGAACAGAUCAAAGAGUGGAAAUGUCAUUGCAAGUUCCACUGGUGCUGCAGGGUAGAAUGCGCCAAAUGCUCAAAGAAACUUAUGGUCCACACGUGUCAGUAAAGGCGGGCGGCAGUAGAUAACACCAAGAUAUUAGUUCUAGAUUAGCAGACUGAGAACUGUAGGUAUUAGGAGCAUCGCCGCAUAUCUGCUCCAAGAUUCAUAGAGGAGAAUAACACAAAUGCGCCAUCAAAGAAAGCAGACAACAGAUAAUCCACGAUGGAGGCAGACCAAGUUUGCAUGACACCGACACCGGCGAUGAGGGAAAUGUAUACAGCACAACAAAGACGACAGCUUCAAGAGAAAGCAAAGAGCGAAAUAUGACGAAGGAAAAUGAACAAUAAUUGAUCAUUUCUUUACAGAACAAUAAGCAAAUCAAAUACGAAGUUAUUAUUUAAUAUCUAUACAAGUAGCAUUCAUUACACUUAUUUUACAAAUGUAAAAAUCAUAUUUAUAGCUUUUUGAAUGGAUUUAAUUAUUUCAUUAUUCAUGCAAAUAUAUUUAUCAAUAAACGUAUCAUUAGUUUGACAUAUUUAUACAAGACAAUGUUUCAAGGGUAGAAUUUCACUUUAAAUGUUGAUAAUUGUAAUUCAAUAUAAUUGUUUUUAUUUUUUGAUAAAUAACAUAAUAGUUAUCGAAUAGUAAAAAAACGCAGGUCUACCUAAAAUCUAAUAUGAAAAAUGCGUUAAGCAAGGUUUACGUCUUGGAAUUAUGACACAAUGUGCACGGGCGUGAAAUACCAUGUUUACUGAACAUGUAAUAUGCUAGAUAUAGAUGGAUGUAAAUAGAAGACAAUGGUUGAGAUUAAAAUGAAUUUAGGGCAA